AAAAAAUUGGCAUUGCAUGCUCCCAAAAAACGCACAGCGCAGCCACAUGGCUGCCCAUCCAGCACGGCAGGGGUCGCAUCGAUGCAAGGCGGCAUGACGCCAUCAUGAGUGCGGCCCUCUACACCCUCGCGGCCGCCGCACUGCUCGCGGCCGGCGGCAUGCUUGCGUCGCACCAGCACCUCGCGACGACAGUCCACGAGCACCCGCACCUUGCGGCUCCCGUAACGCGAUUGCGGCCGCGCGACCCCAAUCGAUUACUGGUCUUCGUUGGCGGCCUCCAGCGCAGCGGCACGACGGCGCUCGCGUCCGCACUAGAGGCGCUGCCGGACGCGUCGGGCCAGAGCUUUCGGUGGCUCUUCGCAAAUUUAAGAAAGGAGGAGGCCGAGGCGCGCGUCGAUGCGUUGAGGCGCUGGCGCGGGGUCACGCGGCGCUACCUUGACGACGUGAUAAAAAGUGGUGGAUUGGAAGGAAAGUUCGCGCAGGACGUGUACCCCUACGCCUAUAUGUUGCGGGACUGGGGCGACUCCGUGCAUGCUGUUGAUCGCCUGUCCUUGGACGGCGCGGAGGCGUCUCCCCAAAAGGCCGUGGAGCUCUGGCGCCAGUGGUACCCCUACUGGAACCAGUCGUCGGCGGUCCUCGUGGAGAAGACACCGGAGAACUUUGUAAGAGGGUUAUUCCUCGAGGCGCUCUUUCCUCAGAACGCGCGCUUCGUGUUCGUGUUGAGGCACCCGCUGGCCUGGGCGCUGACCAUCGAGAAGUGGCUCGACAACCGCUGGAACUUCAAGAAGACGCUGUACCUCAGAGAUCCCGACGACGGCAUCGACCGGCGCAUCGAGAUGUGGAUCCAAUUAGUCGACAAGAUGCUGGCGGACGUCUCUUCCCUGAAACAAGCCGCAAUUGUGCACGCCGAGGCCUGCUCCCUGCGACCCGACGUCAUCCCAAAAUCACUGGAGAGGAUCGUGGACGGCCGUCGUGUUUCACUCGCCCCGUUCAAGGGAUUGGCCCGCUCGAAUUUAGCGUAUGUGGCCUGCUGGCUUGAGGGCGGCCGCACGGACGCCAAGGCCGGGUCUUUGAGACAGGACACGACGGCGGGCGGCGUCCACGCGUGCGUGCCCGGCGCGGUCGCUCUGCGCGACAUCGCGCGGCCGCGCGCCCGGGCCCAGCUCAAAUCGUACUUGUGGGGCGCGAAGGCGAAUAGACUCAGGCGGUACGGCUACUUCGUGCCGGACUUCGAGGGCGCGCUCUGUCGGGACGGGGCCUGCGCGGCGCCGUCCGAGGAUGAAAUUCUGUCGGACGUCGACGUCGGCCUGGACGUGGCGUCCAUCGAGGACCGAGGUUUAUUGGAAGCGCUCGGGUUGAUCGAGGCGCCGACGGCGGCGCCCGUCAUGAACUAACUAGUCUUGUGAUACGG